AUGCAAGACGAAUAUGCCCACAAUUACACUGCCAUGAAGGCUCAAAACAUUUUAGCCGAGUCAACAAUAUCCCAAAAAUAUGACAAGCGUUAAACCCCGCGAGGAGAACAGGGGCCUGUGAAGAGAGGGAGUGAAAGGGAAUUUUUAGGGAGAGUCUAACAAGCGCUGGAGAGAGCGAGAGUUGAGUGUAUGAGCGCGCGCUCACACGGAACACCGGCUUCUUUCCCCACGUUGGAUUCUAGUUGUUUCAUUCAGCGCGUUCACUUAAAUAUCGGAGGCAGACAAAGGGGAUGCGAGAUUAUAGCUCUAUUAAAAGGUAAUCCUGGUCCACUGCACUCUGGCUGUGAAAGGGUCCUACAUCAUGUGUAACAGCCAAACAAGAAUGCAUAUGUGUGAGAAUGAGAAGCAAAAAGAAUGAAGACUGACCCUGGGGUUGGACAAGAAAAGCAUCAUGCAGGGAGGAGACAAGCAGAAUCCAAGGAGAGAAAAAACACUAGCUCUGGAGAGUCUUUCGUUGAAAAGAGUUGACUGAAUUCUACCUUCGCGAUGACCGCCCCAACAGUGCUUCUUCUUGUCUUAGUUUAUAUGUGGAAAGAACAAAGAGGAUGUAGCUCAUUGAUGGUUCAUUUUCCAGUUAUUACUCACAAUAAUCAGGAAGACCUAACCAAACCAUGGGCUGCAGAAAACACCAUCCCUGCAGUGAUUCCUGGCCAGAAUGCUCAGGCUCUUAUAAAACCCCACACCUCACCAGCUCCUGGAUUAACAGAAAAAGGAAAGUGGGCUCACUCUCGUCGUAGGCGGAGCUGGCAGUGGAACCAGUUCUUUGUAAUUGAGGAGUACAGAGGUCCAGAACCAGUGCUCAUUGGACGGCUUCAUACAGAUUUGGACAGAGGAGAUGGGCGCACCAAGUAUAUCUUAGAAGGAGAGGGGGUGGGCUCUGUUUUCGUCAUCGACGGCAACACAGGCAACAUCCACGUGACUAAGUCCCUGGACCGCGAGGAGAAGGACCAGUAUCGCCUCAUCGCUACGGCAACCGAUCGCCAGACAGGCCGUGCCCUGGAGCCCUCGUCCACAUUCAUCAUCAGAGUGCAGGACAUCAACGACAACCCACCAGUCUUCACGGAUGAGCCAUACAGCGCUACCGUGCCGGAGAUGGCCAACAUAGGUACAUCCAUAAUCCAGGUGACAGCCACGGAUGCGGACGACCCAACGUACGGCAACAGUGCCAGGCUGGUGUAUGCUGUCACCCAGGGCCAGCUGUAUUUCUCUGUGGACCCUCAGACAGGUGUCCUACGUACUGCUGUUCCUGACAUGGACAGAGAGAGUCAGGACAUGUAUCUGGUCGUCCUGGAGGCCAAAGACAUGGGGGGCCACCUGGGGGGGAUGUCAGGUACCACCACAGUCACCGUGAGCCUGAGCGAUGUCAACGACAACCCGCCUCAGUUCAGAAAGAGUGUCUGGUCGUUCUCUAUCUCUGAGUUGGCAGCACCAGGGGUGGAGGUGGGUCGACUCUCUGCCACAGAUGCUGAUAUGGGAGAGAACGCAUUGCUGGACUAUACCAUCCUAGAUGGAGAGGGGGGGAGGGACAUGUUUAAUAUCACAGGAAGAGACCAGGAAGCGAUCAUUGUAUUAAACAAGUUGCUGGACUACGAGACGCGCAGUUCAUACUCGUUCUCUGUGGAAGUGGUAAACCCAGUGGUGGACACGCGGUUUCUCCGGAAGGGUCCUUUUAAGGACCGUGCAACCGUACGUGUCAUGGUCCUCAACGCUGAUGAGCCCCCCCGCUUCUCCCGUUCCCGUUACCGCCUGGACGUGUCUGAGAACUGUCCUCCCGUUUGCAGCGUAGGCCGGGUUUCUGCUGUGGACCCAGACACAGGACAAAGCAAUAAUAUCAGGUACUCCAUCGAUCCCCAGUCAGACCCGGAGGCUCUGUUCCGUAUUACUUCUGACAGCGGGCUUAUCACCACAGUGAUGGAGUUGGACCGGGAGCGCGAGCAGUGGCAUAAUAUCACCGUCAUUGCUACACAGAGAGACAACCCCAACCUUGUGACCAGGGUUGUGGUUGCCAUAGAGACCCUGGACCAGAAUGACAAUGCGCCAGAGUUGGACAGGCAGUACACAACGUCAGUGUGUGACUCCAGUAGCCCCGGACAGGUUGUUCAGGUGGUGCGGGCAGUGGAUAGGGACCAGGGAGGACAGGACUCCACCAUCCACUUUAGCCUCCCUCCAGAGUCCAGCUCGGCUCUCAACCUCACCAUCAGGGAGAGUGGAGGUGCCACAGCGAGCCUGGUUCUCCAGUCGGCCCUGAAGCCCCUCCCAGACCUAUCCUCGCUCUUCACACUGUAUGUGCCAGUCGUGCUACGGGAUGGGGCGUCGGGCCUCACCAACACUGGGACUGUCACGGUGACCGUGUGUCCCUGUCUGAGAGGAGGCAUGCGGGCCGAGGAGAGGGGGAGACAGAGGGACCGAGGCUGGGAGAGACAGCUGGUGUGUCUGCCUCUCCCCUCUGCCUCUCCAUCACUGAUCUUCAGCAUGGUCACCCUGCUGGUACUGUUGGCCUUUGUCACCACUUUGCUCGUGGUGUGUGCCCUGUCUCUCUCUCUGCGCCAUCAGAAGCGAGACUCCCACUCCCCAUUUGAGGAGGAUGAUGUGAGGGAAAACAUAAUCACCUACGAUGACGAAGGGGGAGGGGAGGCGGACACAGCUGCCUUUGACAUUACCGCACUCCAGAGCAUGCACCGAGUGCAACGCAUGCAGGACAGCCGGAACAUAUGGUACACCCAGCAGAACCAGGCCAGGACGUACAGCUGGAGCCGGACCCCUCAAUCCGCAGUGGACCCCCGGUGUCCUGGCUCCGCCCCCGUCUACGGACGCCUCUGCUACAGCAUCCACGCGCUGCCUGGGCUCCUCAGAGACUGCCGUCAGGAGCCCACCACCUUCCAGUCAGGUCUACAGCUGGCCAAGCUAAUGGGAACCUAUGGGCUUCCUGCCAAUCAGGUGGGAAAUAAUUCACCAGCCAUACAGAACCAGGACACCUUUGAUCUGCUGGAGCCUGGAGCGGUUCAUCUCAACCCCGCUGAGACAUGGUGCCCCAGCAGAGACGGACAAGAGGGCAGCCCGCCUGCUGCCAGCGGACACACAGAGACGGGGAGAGGCGUGCAGAAUGACACCCAGCAGAGGCGGCCGUCCCCUGACCAGGCACCGAUCACGAUGCAGCCUGUAGUGACAGAUGAAGUGCUGGAUAGGACAGAUUCUGUCCCAAAUGGCUCAUCCUGCAAGAGUGGCAGCAGCAUCUCUUCAUCAGAGCAGCAGAACCAGCCAGAUCCAUCCCCCUCAGAGAUCACCACCACCACUGGAGCUUCCAGCUCUGCGGUAGACGACACGGAUACAGAUUCCUCUACUCUUCCCAACUCAGAGAAGAAUGAAAACACUGUUGGUGUUAGCCAGAUAAAUACCAAUCUAACCCACAACAACACACUGGGGGACUCAGAAUACAGCAUUGUGGGUUCACUCAACCAGGGCGGCGGAAGGAUACCCGUGACCGGGAAUACUUUGUAUCCAGGGAGUGCAGAGUUCCUGUAUGCAGUGGGUAAAAGGGACCUGACCCCACAAUUACUGACCCUCUCUGGAGGCAUGCUGGGAUACGGCAGUGGGUGGGGCAUUGGGAAGGGACUAGUGUCUGACAGAGCAGUGGGACAGGCCACUUGUAACUCCUCCCUGCCUGUGAGGAUGGAGGAGUUCCUGAAGCACCGUCUGGACCAGGUGACCUUUGACUUAUCCCAGCCGCCCUAUGACUCACUGCAGACCUACGAGUUUGAAGGGGGGGACUCCCGGGCAGGGUCGCUGAGCUCGUUGGAGAGCGAGGGGCAGAGAGAGGAGGAGCAAGAGAUGGAAUCAGUGUGUGAGUUGGACCCAAAGUUCCAGAGGCUAGUGAAGAUAAUCGAAGAGAGAGAACAAGAAGAAUGGGAAAGCUCAGUGGAGGAGGAGACACCGAUAGGAGACGGGAGCCAAGGUAUGGAUGUCAACGAGAUGAGCAAAACUGAGAGCACGGUGGAUGAAGGGAAACAGGUCUCAAGGUGGGACUUUUAGAGAACCUGCGAAUUAAAGAGACAGAAUAGGAGUCUGAAGAGCUAGGUGAAACACUGCAACUGAUGCAACUUAAAAGCAAUACGGGGGCAUUAUGCUCAACUACAAAGAGAAAGUAAUGUUGUGUUCGGUUCAAUGACAAAACUGCUUGUUGGCUAUGUACCGCCAAGACAUGACAGAGUAUCCAUGGAGCACACGUCAUAAACUCACCCCUACUGUGUUUAUAAAGAGCAUAUCAAAUCUGUCACUUUUAAAACUCCUUGUAACUGAGAUGAAUAAUGCACUUAGUGAAAGUUAUGAAAAAUUCACUUUUUGAAAUAUUGAUUCCCAGCCCUAAAAGCUGCAUUGUGGGAAAAUAGGCCUUAUGAAAAAUGAAAAGGAAUUGUGAUAUUUAAUAUUGAUAGUUUAAUAGGGGCACUCUCACUCACAUUCUGGUUCCCAAAUGCAACACUUAGAGGCAGAUAACGGAACUGAACCAAUCCUAUAAAGCACACUUGCAUUUACAUACACAAGAUACCCAUUCACAGAACUUAUGUGAACAUACAGUUUAUUAGGGAUGUUAAGAAUCUACACACAACAUCCAGUCAAAUGGAUACUUUUUUUGAUGGAAAACUCUCAUUAGACCCUGUAGUAUAUACUACAACAGAUCCCAAUCAAGAUGGAUUUCUCAGAACUGUGUUGUCUGGCAUCGGACAGCCGGCUAUGUAUUGUCUAACUCCCAGUAAUUACAGUCACGGUAGUAAACUCUAUAAAACACUAUGCAAUUUGCACACUGACCAGAGAUAAAAUGUCCUUGAAGAAAGGAGCCUUGUAAAAAGCUGAGUGUUUCCUACUGUGGCGACAUGAUUCUGAUGUGUAUACUGUAAAUACCAACCACUGCAAGGUGGUUAUUACUCAGCGGAGGAUUUCACACAAACCAUGAAAGUGUCACUAUGAAAAACAUUAAUUCACGCAGUGAAAAAGAACAAUCACAUCCCUAUUUGUAGUGAUUAAAUGGUUGGUGUUGAA